AUGGAUCCCGAAUACCUAGCACUAGGCAUUAUGUUGGCGGUCCUCUUAACAGAGACGAAAAAGAAGAAAAAGAAGAAAAGAUUGUGGACUCGUUCUUGGGUUGCAAGAAGAGGAGAGCUCGGGAUGUCGGUGCUACUUACCGAACUGGAGGAGACUGAUAGGAAAGGGUUCCGUGAGUUCCUGAGGAUGAGCGUCGAGGACUUUCAACUCCUUCUGGGGAAAGUUGAGCCUCUCAUCAAAAAGACGGACACAAAAAUGAGAAGGGCCAUCAGUGCCCGACAGAGAUUGUCCUUAACCCUCAGAUUCCUUGCAACUGGUGAGUCUUUCAGGUCACUGAGCUUCCAGUACAGGAUUGGCAGGUCUACUGUUGGCUUGAUUGUAAUGGAGACCUGCCAAGCAUUGUACAAUGUUUUGAAGGAAGAUCACAUGAAGACACCAACAACUGAGUCAGAGUGGCGUGAGAUAGCGAGCGGAUUCGAAGACAAAUGGCAAUUUCCUCAUUGCUUAGGUGCAAUUGAUGGGAAACACAUCUACAUUCAGCCCCCUGCUAAUUCAGGAAGUUCUUUUUAUAAUUACAAAGGCAGGUUCUCAAUUGUGCUAAUGGCAGUUGUAGAUGCCAACUACAAAUUCAUUUAUGCAAGUGUUGGCACUCAGGGCCGAAUGUCGGACGCAAGUCUGUUUGGACACUCAGAUCUCCGCAGUGCCAUGGACAGAGACCUGUUACAUUUCCCCCGCCCUGAGCCACUUCCCAAUACAGAUUUAAUCAUGCCCUAUAUGUUUGUUGGUGAUGAAGCCUUCCCUCUCCGUUCUGACCUUAUCAAGCCCUAUCCCCACAGAAACCUUGAUCAUGGACAGCGAAUUUUCAAUUAUAGAUUAUGUAGAGCAAGGCGAACUGUGGAAAAUGCAUUUGGCAUAUUGGCAAAUAGAUUACGUGUGUUCCUAACAAAUAUUUCUAUUGAACCAGAUAAGGUAACUUGCAUCACCCUUGCUGCCCUUGCCCUCCACAAUUUCCUGAGGGAAAAAUCAGAGGCCUACGUGCCUCCAGUCUUUGUGGACAGAGAGGACGAGAACCACAGAGUCAUUGCCGGAACAUGGCGAAGAGGUGGAGAUCUUGACUCUGUGGCAUUGAGUAGGGCGCGGAAUGCCACAACCACUGCUAAAGACCAGCGUGACCUGCUGAAGGCAUAUUUUCAAUCCUCUGAAGGAUCCGUUGAUUGGCAGGAGGAUAUGAUUUGAAAAUGUUAUGCAUUGAUAUUUAUUUAUUAUCAAUUGGUUUAUACUAUUUAUAAUAUACUAUUUAUUUAUUUACGCUAUUAUACUAUUUAUUAGUUAGUUACAACAGUGUUGUUAGUUAGACAGUAAACCAAUAUUUACAGAGUAUUUAUUAUCAUCUUGUUUAUACUAUUUAUUAUAUACUAUACUUAUUUAUGCUAUUACUACUACUAUACUACUAUUUAUUAGUUACAACAGUGUUAUGUUAGACAGAAAAUCAACAUUUAACAAAUAUUUAUUGUCAUUUUCUUUAUACUAUUUAUUAUAUAUUAUCUAUUUAUACUACUACUACUACUAUACUAUUAUUUAUCAGUUCGUUAUAACAGUGUUAUGAUAGUUAGACAGUUAACCAAUGGGAUGCAACACGAUAAAUAAAGGAACAAACAAUUUACCUAAUAUUUAACAAACGCAAUAAAUAAAUUAAAAUAACAAUUGGCGAGUUCUAUAAUGUCUCUUUGAUACUAGUCAUAAUUGUAGCCCAUAGUAUUGUGCUGUGGAGGCAUGUUGUGGGUGAAGUGGUGGGUUUGCAGAGGUGUGUGCCCUGUGCUCUGCUCUGGCCAAGAAGUUUGAGCAGGGUUAGCUGUUCUCUGCUCAUUCUCCUGGGCAUCAUAGAGCAUUAACAUUAUGUUUCGGCGUAGUCUCAAGCGUGUAGUUCUGUCCUGCACAUGUUUAAGCUCACAAGCCAC